CACAGACUGUGUGAGGGGACUGUAGGAUGGAUGCGGGGGUACCCUGGGUGCUGAGAAAUGGGAGAAACUUGGAAGAACCAAAUAUUGAAGAUCAGUAUCAAAAUGCCUGGGAAAAUCUAAGAAGUUAUGUACUACAGAGAUUAUAUGAAAGAAAAGAAAAAAAUCCGUGUGGUGAAAUCUUCAGUCACAUUACAGACAACUUCCUGGAUGUGGAAACACCUCCUGGCCGUAAACCAUGCAAAAGCAGUGCAUGUGCGAAAGACUUGAUUCAUUCAUCUCUUAGUAGACAUAUCAUAGGUCACUGGGGACAGAAACCAUAUGACUCUAAGGAAUAUGCAAAGAAGGCACACAGACAUCAGCAAAAUGGAAAAAACUUCACUUCCCACAAAAAUGAGAGAAACCUUAUGAGUGUAAGAACUCACACAGGAGAGAAACCCUAUGAAUGUGAGGAAUGUGGAAAGGCCUUUAGUCAUCUCAGUUCUAAGAAAAAGUUGAGACUCAAGAGAGAUUAA